UCAAGGCAGUCCAGAAGCUCCUCAUCAACACUGUCGGAGAGAGAGACUACUCCGCCCAGGAGACCAGCCACCUACUACUGCAGCUACCAAUGUUCAAGGCAUCACGUGACUUCAUCAUCCUCAGCCUCGAUGGGUCUCGUGCUGUUGAGGACCACCUGCAGGAGGGGCAGCGUGCUACAGCACUCUCCAUUGUCGACCACUACAUGGGACGACCUGACUCCCCUCACUUCAACACCAUGAUUCUCCUGCAAUUUGCCCGCCAAUACUCCAUGCCCAAGACCCUCGGGGCUGAGCCGACUCCCAGGAGAAGACGUAUCGUCGUCAUCCCUCGACCGUACGUCUCACCAGAUCCUGCUGGUGAAAAGUAUGAACAGUACUGUCGCCACUCACUGAUGCAACACAAGCCUUUCCGCCAGAUAGACGACCUACUCUCAGGGUGUGACACUUACAUCGAUGCCUAUGCUGCAUUCCUGCAAUCUGGCCAGAUCCCUCCCUGCCUGGAGGAUGACAUGUAUCAUCUUCUUCAGCUCUUACAUAGUAAUGAAGAUGAUUCCGAACAAACUGAGGAGCAAGAGGAAGAACAAACCACUUCUCCACCAUCACGAGUAACGGAAGAGUGGAUGUUGAUCUGUCGC